AACGAGGUUAACGUUCUUUGAGCUCUUAUUUCUUCUCCUGUCUUCCGCCCGAGCUGGAUUUUUGAGGUUGAUUUCUGGGUUGAAAUCUUCAAUCCAUCAUUUUGGUUUGGUCUUUCUUUGAUUGAAGUUUCAUGCAGUGGAUUUGAGCUGAUUAAAAUCGUCAAAGUUCUCAUCUUGGCUCCCCUCUUCUUCUCUUUCUCGUCGUUUUUUUUGAAUCGGUUUCUGGAGAUCUGCUUUCUGAGCUAGAAGUAAGCGGAAAACUCAUCAAAAUCUUGUCUUGGUUUGCGUUUUUUGUUCCCCCAAUAUCUUAAGCGUCCCCAGCGAGUUGCUGAAAGCUAACAGAUGGCUUGUGAUUUGGAUGUUAAUUGAAGUGCCCGGUUCUGAGCUUUCUGGGAGUUUUGGGGCUUUUUUAUGUGUUGUUUUGAGAUGGAGGAGGUGGAAAUAGCUAAUAGGACGGCUGUGGAAAGCUGCCACAUGGUCCUCAAUCUUCUAUCUCAGUCCCAAGACAAGCUCCGUUUAUAUAGAAAUCUAGUGGCAGAGACUGAAGAGGCUGUUUCUAAAUUUAAGAAAGUAGUUUCCAAGCUUAGCAAUGAAGCGGGUCAUGCAAGGGUGAGAAGGUUGAACAAAACUCUUUCCCCAUUCAAUCAUAAGAUCUUUUUAGAUAGCCCAAUAGUAUCUAGACCAAGCCCUUCUCCAGUGCCUCUCCAGCUCCUCCCAAGAGAACCUGUAGAACUCCCAGUAAGAGAAUUAGGUUCUACUACCAAAAUCCCUCAACAAAUCCCUCAAAGGAUGUUUCUUGAGAAUCCUGUACUGGAAGGGGAUGUUGCUUCUAGAGGCACCCUCCAACUUGGCUUAAAAGCUCCCCCAACCCACCUCCAUUUCCUCCAACAGCAGCAGAACAACCAAAAGUUUCAGCUUCAGCAGCAGUUUAAAUUCCAGAGUGAGAUGUAUUCUAGGAGCAGUAGUGGAAUAAAUCUUAAGUUUGAUAACUCUAGUUGCACGGCGACUGGAUCAUCGUCAAGGUCCUUCGUCUCAUCCUUGAGUGUGGAUAGAAGCGUGGCGAGCUUGGAUGGGAGGCCCUUCCAUCUGAUCAGUGGGCCAGAAUCAUCCAAUCAGAUUAACUUGAACCAGCCUCCAAGGAGGAGGUGCACUGGCAGAGGGGAGGAUGGGAGUGGCAGAUGUGCCACUGCAGGCAGGUGUCAUUGCUCAAAGAAGAGAAAGCUAAGAGUGAGGAGAUCCAUUAAGGUGCCUGCCAUCAGCAACAAGCUUUCUGAUAUCCCUGCUGAUGAAUUCUCAUGGAGGAAGUAUGGACAGAAGCCAAUCAAGGGUUCUCCUCAUCCUAGGGGAUAUUAUAAAUGUAGCAGCAUGAGAGGCUGCCCUGCAAGAAAACAUGUUGAAAGGUGUGUGGAUGAUCCCUCAAUGCUCAUUGUUACUUAUGAAGGUGAGCACAACCAUGGCAGGUUAUUGUCCCAAUCUGCGCACACAUAGAGGCUGGACCGAGCUCCUUCACCUAGUGGUUCAAGUUCUCACCUUUUCAGACCUAUGUGCAAGCACUUGAGCUUCUCCUGUAAAUAGAGCUUUUGUGAUUGAGAAAUCCAGGUGAUAGAGAGGUAGCUUACAUGGGAUGGUUUCUGGAUCUUUUGUGGUUUUGAGGGGAGAUACAAGGAAAAGUUAUUUUCUGUUUAGCCACAGAAAUGCUACCAAGAAAUGGUUGAACUGUAACAACUGUAGUUGACAUUAAAAGUUCUGGUGAAUCUUAAUUCUCUUAGAUUUAGACUUAGUUCAAAGUUCUCAAUUUUCUAACUGGAGAGGGUUGAAGGGUGGUGUAAUGAACAAUACAAUGCAAUGUCGGAAAAUGACUGAAUAUCUGGUCUUGAAUUAACAGAGUAGAAUUGGUUGUUCAAAUCCUUUCUCUUGUAUUGUUUGCACUCAGCUUCAGUACUUGGAAUGUAUUUAUUUCUUUAGUGAAAAUUCAUAGCGGUUGUUCAAAACCUUUCUUUUGUAUUGUUU